GUAUUUUACGUGACCCGAACUUCCGCCUUGCACGUGUGUUUACUAAAAAUGUGGACACUCAGCCGAUGAACUAACAGUAAUAACUUUCCUAAAACGGUGACUGUUUGCGAUUAGGUAGAAAUAUGGGGAAGCUGAAUGUUGUUAUGUUGAGAUACUUAUCUCGAGAUGACUUCCGGGUCCUCACUGCGGUUGAAAUGGGAAUGAAAAACCAUGAGAUUGUUCCAGUGAGUCUCCUGUCCUCCAUUGCCAGCCUCAGACAUGGCGGCUGCAACAAGAUUCUCAGAGAGCUCGUCAAACACAAACUUGUUGUCUAUGAACGCACUAAGACUGUGCAGGGUUAUAGGUUGAACUAUGGAGGGUAUGACUACCUAGCUCUGAAGACUCUGUGCUCUAGAGAAGUGAUCAUCUCAGUUGGCAACCAGAUGGGUGUGGGUAAAGAAUCAGAUAUAUAUAUUGUGGCAAGUCCAAAUGGAGAGCAGUAUGCUUUGAAGCUUCACAGACUGGGUCGCACCUCCUUCAGGAACUUGAAGAACAAGAGAGAUUACCACAAACACAGGAAGAACAUGUCCUGGCUCUACCUCUCACGCCUUUCUGCUAUGAAAGAGUUUGCCUACAUGAAGGCUUUGUAUGACCGGGGCUUUCCUGUUCCUAAACCUGCGGACUAUAACAGACAUGCUGUUGUGAUGGAACUUAUCAAUGGAUAUCCACUGUGUCAAGUUCAUGAGCUGCAGGAUCCUCCAGCUCUGUACAACGAGUUCAUGGAGCUCAUAGUCAAACUGGCCAAUCACGGCCUGAUUCACGGAGACUUCAACGAGUUUAACCUGAUGUUGGACAACAAGGACCACAUAACUAUGAUAGACUUUCCUCAGAUGGUUUCCACCUCACAUCCUAAUGCAGAAUGGUACUUUGACAGAGAUGUCAAAUGUAUCAGAGAUUUCUUCGCAAAACGAUUCAAUUACGAGAGCGAGCUCUUCCCAACCUUCAAAGACAUCAGGCGGUCCUGUUCUCUGGAUGUUGAAGUUUUAGCCAGCGGCUUCACCAAAGAUAUGGAGAGGGAUGGUGCAUUGCUUCACCCAGCUGGACCUGAAGGAGAAGAUGAUGAUGAAGAGGAGGAUGAUGAUGAAGACGAAACAGAUGAGGAAGCAGAAAAAGGAGAGAGUGUGAACAUGGAGGAAUAUAAACAUGCAAUGCUGGAACUGGAAGGACUCAAAGUCAGUGACACACAAGAUGAUGACAGAGAAGCUGAAGAGCAGAAUGAGACUGAGACAAAGCCUGCUGCCUGGUGUGAUGAAGAGGCAGAGAGGGACAGAGAGGAAGAGCUGAAUGAGGAGGAAGAUGAGUGUCCAGAGCUGGCAGACCUUUCUACCUGCAACAAAGAGUUCAAGCCCUUCAGAGACUCGGACAGUCUUCUACACAUAACAGAGCACACCAGAAGGAGGACAGACAGCGAGGCCACAGCAGGCAGCAUAGGGAGCUGUUCCACCAUACCACCAGAGGUCGUCCGUCAGAAGGUGCGGAGGCAGCUCACCAAACAGCAGAAGGCAGCACAGAGGCGGCGUCUGCAGAAGGGAGAGGCCAACCUAGUGACCAAAUCCAGGAGAGAGAACCAAAAUAACAUCAAGUCUAGUAUGGAGAGUGCUUCAUUCUGGGGAUAAAUGGGACUGAUGUAAUGGACAGAUGGGAUCUGUAUAAACAUGUGUGUUUUUGUUUGGUGCUGCUUGUUCCUCUGCUCCUUUUUUGUAAGAGACUAAAACACACCAUGGACUAUGAAAAAAUCAGCUGGAGCUUUUCUGUGCAUCAAAUCAAUCGGCAUAUUGUCAUUAAAAUACACAAGGAGUACAACACUUUAAAAGUUUUCCAAGAAUUAUGAUUGUUAAUUAAACCAUGUAAACAUGA